AUGGAAAGAAUAAAGUGUCAGUUUGUUGUUGUUCAAGCUCAUUUUAUGCAUUUAGUAACAAGGCAAGAAGUGAAGGAACAAACAAGUAACUUUUAUGCUUCUUUUGUGUGUUAUGCUUCUGGAUGUCCUGGCAUAUUUGAAUUUUCUGGUGAAGACAUUUUACUACACGCGUCCCAAAGUUGUCGUUUCUGUGUAAAGAAAUGGAAAGUAAAACAAGAAACUGCUGUUUUGAUUCCUUCUUCGAAUUCAACUGUAUGGACAUCAAGUCAUGCAUUGUUGAGGGAAUAUUUAUGA